GGUGAUAAACCUGUCUGGGACCCGUGCAGGAGCGGAUAAAGAAGCCUCCAGUGGUUUUUUGGCAAAUUGUGCCAAAAGGAGCAACAGAAAGAAAGUCAGAAAAGUUUAUUCCUGCCAAUUUUGGUGCCAUUUCUGGUGAACCCACAUGAGACAAGUGCCUGGUCUCCUCUGAGGCUCUGGGAUUUUCCAUGCUGGCACUUUCCUGGAGAAAACCACAGAUUCCCCCGGACUGAUUUGGGACACAGAGCAGCUGUCCCAACUUCAAAAAUGUGACUCAUGGCCCCUCCAGCAAAAGGAUCAGGAGCAGUUUCUGGAUUGGUGCAAGAGCUCCACAGGAGACAAAGGUGAUGAAGAUGAGAGGAACCUGGCUGAGUGUGCCCCUGGGACACCUGCUGGCUCUGGGACACAGGCACAAAUGGAGAAACAUGAUGGAUUCCAGAAAGUUCAGGCUGUUUUUCUGCCUGGUGGGGCUCAGCAGUGCCAGCCUCUGGGUUUUCCACACCUGGACCGAAUUCUGCGUGCUCUGUGAGAGCAGCCAGGGAUACCUGUUCCCUACGGAGACUUUCAGGAGGAUGGAAGGGAACUUCUCCCAGCUCCCAGAUGUUGACUGCCACAAGAACCCUCCUUUCCUCGUCCUGCUGGUGGCGUGCUCUUUCCAGCAGCUGGAUGCCAGGAUGGCCAUCCGGCACAGCUGGGGCAAGGAGAGGACAGUGGCUGGGAAGCGCCUGGUGACCUUGUUCCUGCUGGGGAGCCCUGUGGAUCCCAGCCAGCAGGCUGACAUCGCUGCCGAGAGCCAGAGGUACAGAGACAUCAUCCAGAAGAACUUUACAGACACCUAUUACAACCUGACCCUGAAGACCAUGAUGGGAAUCGAGUGGAUCCACAGGUUUUGCUCCCAGUCCAGCUUCGCCAUGAAAACCGACACGGACGUGUUUGUCAACGUUUUUUACCUCACUGAGCUGCUCCUGAGGAAAAAGAAGAGCACUGGAUUCUUCACAGGCUUUUUAAAACUGCACGAGUACCCCAUCAGGACAAGAGGGAGUAAGUGGUAUGUGAGUAGGGAAGAGUAUCCAGGAACCACCUACCCACCCUUUUGUUCCGGGACUGGAUAUGUUUUAUCCAGCGACGUAGCCAGCCAGAUCUAUAACAUUUCUGAGAGUGUUCCAUUCAUUAAACUGGAGGAUGUGUUCAUAGGGCUGUGCCUUGACAAAUUAAAAAUUCAGCUGGAGGAGCUUCACUCGGAGCAGACGUUUUUCCCAGAAAGGAUCAGGUUCUCUGUUCCUCGCUUUAGGAAAAUCGUGACGUGCCAUGGAGUAAAACCAUCCGAGCAGCUGAGCUACUGGAACCACUUAGUGGCAGCAACUCAAGGAGGAGUGCUCUAGCACCUACCCUGCUCCACUUAACAGACUGAAAUUCUCUGCUUUUACAGGGCUGCUCCCCACUCCAGCAAACUCCCAAUUAACUCCAGCUCCAUCACGUUAAAGGUUUUAGAAAUGGUUAUUUUAAUCACAGAAUCAGAGAAUUGUUAAGGUUGGAAAAGAUCUCCAAGAUCAUUGAGUCAAACCUUUGACUAAACACCACCUGGUGAACUAAACUAGAGCACUGAGUGCCACGUCCAGUCAUUCCUUGAACACCUCCCUGGGCAGCCCCUUUUAGUGCUUAUCCACUAAAAAUUCCCUAUUUCUGCUCAAGAACAUACAAACCUCCUUCUCUCCCAUUCACUCCCACCUCUGUGCAUCCCUUCUCUAUACAAGUUACUUUUUUUUUUUUUUUUCCCAUGAAAUAUUCAGGCCUGCUAACCCACCCUCCAAAUCUUGCUGCCAGAGGCCUGGGAACAUUUCUGCUGUGCCAAACAAAAAAGUCAAAGCACUUUUGUUCAGGGAAUAAAAUCUGCACCAUCUUCCUGGUCGCCCUUGAUAAAUUACUGCACCCAUCUGUGCAGGCACUUAAGGGAUGAUAUUUGUAGCUGUCAGGAUGCUCCCUCCUGGCAUAGGAAGCUGCAGCCCUGCCCUUGCAGCCAGCUCUGAGUGGGCUGAGCUGCAUCCUGGCACAGAUCCCUCCUUCAGUCUACACCAUUUUUUUUUUUUUUUCAGAGAUGGUAGAAUUUGCCCAUGCAAUUCUCUCAGGACAAGCUUGGGCACUGCAGGUCACCUGGUGGAGGUGUAAAAGCUGCUGCAGCUGUUUCCUUGUGUGUGCUUCCUGCUGAAAAUAAUCCGUGGUGGAGCCAGCGCAGGGUGUCCUGCUCUUCCUAUUAAAAGAGACCCUGGAGACAUCUUUUAUAUUUGUGUCUCACUUUGAUUGCCUGAGAGCUACUGUGAAGGGUUUGCCAAGGCUAAACUAGAGUCACUUACAGUGAUUUAGACAUUUUUUUCCAAAGAGAAACUGAGUGUGUGAGGGAGAAGACAGGAGGAUUUUUCUCUUUUUAAUUUUUUUUUAAACAAAACCUAAUGGAAAAUGUGCUCAAAUAAUCAUUCAGGCUGGGAGCCCUAUUUCUUAUUUCAUUCCCAAGCAAAGACUCAUGGAAUCUCUGGGAUCAUUAUGAGUUUCAGAGAUAAGAAGAGGGGUCUUUACAGCCCUCCUUCAGGGCUCUGAGGAGGCAGAAAGGAGCUCAGAAAUCCUCCCUUAUGCAAUGGUCCUGUUUGAUUUUCCUGCAGGCACAGGCAAGGCCAGUGUUAUCAGCAGGGAAUGCCUGUAAUGUCUGUAGGAAGGGCUUUUUCCAAAAAAGCAGGGAAAGUGGAGCUGUUCCCAAGGGGAGUUGAGGGGAUCCAACAUCCAGCAUGGUAAAAGCACGGAAAUGAGACAGGAAAACAGAUUUUAUUGUUUUGGAGUUAUUUAUUUUUAUUGCUUUUCUUUUCAUUGAAAAGAAGGACCUUCCUUCCUUCCUUCCUUCCUACCUUCCUUCCGUCCU